AUGGGAAGCCUGCGGCUGCUGCAGUGCGGUGACGGGCCCGCAAGCAAGCAGCAGCAGCAGCAUCAACAGCAACAGCAACAGCAGCGGCAACAGCAACAGCAACAGCAACAGCAACAGCAACAGCAACAGCAACAGCAACAGCAACAGCAACAGCAACAGCAACAGCAACAGCAACAGCAACAGCAACAGCAACAGCAGCAGCAGCAGCGCAGCAGCUGCAAAAGGCGUCAGUAG